AUGGGUUCCCGAUGCGCCAAGCUCAGCACGGGCCAUGGCACCGGCCAGGGCACGGGCCACAGCCGGGGCCACGAGUCGUCCAUGAAGAAGCUUGUGGCCUGCAUGAGUCAGGAUAACUUCUCCCUGCCAUCAGAGGGGGAGGAGGAGGAGGAGGAGGAGGAGGAGGAGGAGGAGGAGGAGGAGGAGGAGGAGGAGGAGGAGGAGGAGGAGGAGCCGCUACCUGGGCAGGGCAAGCUGCUGCUGAUGGAGCCCGAGAGGCAGGAGGGGAGCACCGAGGACAACCCGGGGGCCCCGCAGAGCCCCGAGGCCAAGCAGACGCACGUGUGA